GAGGCUGAAAGUGGCCACCGGCGGAAGAGGGUUUGUUUUGGUUGUGUCCGACGUGUGGCUGCUGUGCUCCUGUAAUGUGCUCUCUAACUGUACCAACAACGGACACAAUGUCAACUGUGGAGAGCCAAGUGGAAAACAACAGUCCGGAAGAAGAGCUGAAGGGGACCAAAAGGAAGAUUUCUCUCUCGGAUUGUGGUGUGUGUGGAUCAGAAGAGGCCAAGUACAGAUGUCCUGCCUGUCUUGCACAUUCUUGCAGCUUGCUGUGUGUGAAGAAACACAAGGAAGAUUCGGGAUGCAGUGGAGUUAGAAAUAAAACUGCCUUUGUGACCCUCUCACAGUUUGAUGAAAUGGCGCUUCUGAAUGACUACAGAUUUCUUGAGGAUACAGGACGAUUUGCUGAUGGUGCCACCAGAGACAAUCUCAUCCGGACUCCUCGUGCCACUUUAAAAACAAAGAAGCUGGCAGCCAACGCCAGAAAGAUGAACAUCACAUUGAGGUUCCUCCCCAUCACCUUCACUAAGAGCAGAGAAAACUCCACCUUCUUCCUUACAAAAGAAAAACUGUUCCUGUGGCACCUGAAGCUCAUCUUUCCUCAGAGCAACACAGAGUUCAGCCAGAGGAGGGUGUCUGACAAGCAAACCUUGGAGCAGAUCUUGAUCCCUUAUAUCCACCCUACGGAGUCGGACCCUGUGACACGUCAAAAGUUGAAGAUGUAUGUGCACACUCCAUUUGAUCAAGUAAAAGUCUUCAUGAAAGCAGAGGGGAGAAAGGCUAACUCUGUGAGGUACCAUAAGUUGGACAUUCACAAGAGCCUAAGGGACAACCUGAGCUACAAAACACUGAUUGAAUAUCCUGUGCUGCACGUUGUAAUCAGAGAUCAUUGGAAGGACUAUCCACUGAAAGGACCAGCUGAACCUGCAACAGCCUGCACUGGUUUUGCAACAAAGAACAAAGGAAUGUACCAAGAGAAGGAGGAUGUGACCCAAGUUUCACCAUCCCUACAUGGGGCUUGCACCCCGGGGGAAACCAACAUCUGGACCGGAACCCCAGAGACCAGCCCUGAAACUAAACCCCCACAAGCGAAAAGGGCCAAGAGAGAAGCAGGGGAGGAAGAGCCAGAGGACGGAGAGAUCGUAGACAGUAGUGAUGAAGAGAAAGAGGAGGGGGAAGAAAAUGGAGAUGCCUCAUGUGUUAAGAGCUGCGAUGAUGCCAAAAGCCCCGCUAAUGACAUGGAGGUGAUUAAAGAUGAACCAACAGACAGUUAAUAUGCUAGUCAUAAUAAACACAGUGACAGGGGCAUCACCGGGUCCACUGAUGACAGUUCAGCUUCCAGAGAAAGAGCUGAUGUCUGCAUGACUAAGAAGGAUGCUGUGAAAGAGCCGGGGCCUGUUCGUACCCGUCACUGUCAGGAUGAAAAUGAGUCAGCUAAUGCUGCUGACUGCUGUGGAGUGGAAUGAUAAUGCCCAGAUGUUCAGGAUGAAAUGAAUGGAGUCAGACAUAUCUGACAGGAAGUGAUCAUGCUUGUGUCGGUAUACAGUGGACCAAUGCAACCCGACAGUUGUUUUAAACAGGUUGAUUUAAGAAAGAAUGAUGGUUGUAUUGUUUGCGUGUAUGUAUAUAUACAGAGAAUCAUUUAAGUGUCAUUUUUCUAAUUUAGGUUUAGCUCAUCUGUCUCAAAGCCUUCUUAAAUAAAGUAUUUUUUGGGAAACCA